AUGGAGCGCGGGCAGAUGUGCCAGCGGCAUCGGGAUCACGUCGGGGUCACCACUUUCCAUGUGGUGAAGAAGUGGAAGACUUGGACAGCAGCUCAGCAGCACUGCAGAGACAACUUCACUGACCUGGCCACCAUAGACGACAUGACGGAAAUAGAGAAGCUAAAGAGAGUGAUCCAGGAUGUUGGGGCGGAGGGGAGGGUUUGGAUUGGGCUGAGGCAGGGCAGGUGGAAGUGGUCUCUGGCUGAUGGAGAAAAUGAGGCUGAGUUCUGGAACUGGGAUACAGAUAGAGGCCAACCAACACCCAGAGCUGGAUUAGACUGUGGCUGCAUUUCCAAUGCGGGGAAGUGGCACGAUUGCUACUGCAGUGUGCUGCGUCAGUCAAUUUGCUACAAUGGGCCAAACUCCACACCCCCCUAUGUGCUGGUUGAAGAGAAGAAGAACUGGGCAGAUGCUCAGAGAUACUGCCGAGACAAAUACACAGACCUGGCCAGCGUGAGGAACCAGGCUGCGAAUGACAAGAUCUACACAGACAUUCUUAGUGGACUAGCAUAUAAUCCCUUUCCCUGGAUCGGCCUUUUCAGAGAGUGGGAGUGGUCAGAUGGCAGCAGCUCCUCCUUUCGCAACUGGGCAUCUGGGCAACCCAGCUACUACUCCAGUUCACACAGUCCCUGUGUGGUAAUGCGGUCCUCUGGUCUGUGGAAUGAUGAAUCCUGUGAUAGUCGAAGAUACUUUGUCUGCUACGAAGCUCUCCCUGUAGUUGAGGUGGUGUCUCCCCAGCCUCCCUUGUACUCUGGAGAUGAAGUCACCCUCAGGUGUGACAUACCCAGGUAUGCAGGCCAGCACCAGUAUGUCUGGCUAAAGGAUAACAACACAGUUCCUGGCGAGACUAGUCAGACCAUCACCAUCACACUCCCAGGUCAGUACCAGUGCCACAGGCAGAGAGGAGGUUCUUCAGUGGCACCCUACAUCAGCAAGCCUCUUGACAUUAAAUACCAGGCCCUCCCUAAUGCUACAGUGGAGGUGGUGUCUCCUCAGAGUCCCUUUUAUUCUGGAGAUGAAGUCACUCUGAAGUGUAACAUAACACAGUACACUGACUGGCGUUAUGGCUGGUUUAAGGACGGCAGUCAGAUUCCUCACAAGACAGGUCAGAUCGUCACCAUCACACUCCCCCUAGAGGCAGGCCAGUAUCAGUGUGAUGGACUCAGGAAAGCUCGCCCACAUCAGUCAUAUGUGAGCAAGUCCACUACCAUUGCCAACCAGGGUCAUGUGAAAAGGACUCAAAUGGUGAGAGUGGAAAUGGAGGCAUCUGACGAUAUGGACAUGGAAGAUCCUGACGUGCAGAAGGCCUUUCUUCAGCAGAUUGGGGACAGACUGAAGGCCAAGGGGUUUCGAGGAGAUGUGAAGCUUUCCUGGAUGAAGCAACCAGAUGGAAAGGUGUUCCACAAGAAGAAGAACGACAAGAAGAAGGAGAAGAGAGAUGAGUUCUGAACACACUCUGAGUUUAUUUAGGGAAGUCAUCACUGGCAGCCCACAUUACACAGGGCUGUCAAUACAUGCUUCAGAGUGUG